CCUCUGCCCUUAUCGUACUCCAGCUUGGUAGUUUCCACCGCCUGUGUUUAGUCUUUUUUAUCCUUGGAAUUAAUUAAAUUUGGUAGAUGUAUGAUAUGAGAAAAAUGUUACUUAAGCAAGGAGGUUGAAUAUAAGAUACUCAAAGAAAUAAAAUGGGAUGAUGUUCAAAUCGAAAGAUGUAGAAACAAUAAAGAUGCACCGGAAUUGAGUAAGGUAAAAAUAGCAUUGAAUUGAGAAAAAGUGAAUUGGUUAGGUUUGGUGUCAUGAAAUUGGAUUAGUUGUUAUCAAUUGAAUGAGCAUGGUAUUUCAACAUUUAUAUUGCCAUUGCUUUAUGCUAGCUUACGUGAAGGAAAUUGUAAUUCUUUUGUGUUCUCUUUUAAGAAUUGAAAAUUUAAUUGCACUCAUUUAGGAAAAGUAAAUAGAUGUCUGUUGUGUUGGAUUCAAGCUCAAUCUGCCUUUUUUAUAUUAGAACUUAGGUGUCGUUUAUUUUGUUUUACAUUAUGUUGGGCUAGAAAUCAAAAUUGCAAUGAACUCAUGGAUUGUGAUAGAUUGGAAUUAACAGCGAAUUUGAAUCAGGCACGUGUACACUAUGAUUUUUUAUUUUUAUUAUUGGAGAUUUUUGUGUUAUGUAGUAUAUUUGAGCAUGAGCAAUUGAUUGCGAUAUUUUUGUUUGUUGCAUAGUGGCUUCAGGCACAGACAAUUAUUAGUAUAUAUAUAUUGUAUACGAUCCUAUUUUUAUUGGACUAAAAUGGAAAAGAUGUUUUACCCUAGUCCUUGUGGCACAAUAGCAGUCAUGCACAUAUAAAAACUCGUGUAGCAUUCUGGCAAUGGCAGAUUCAUAAUUCUUACCAUUAAAUCCUCAGAAUCUGUAAACUGUCUCGAUUCACCUAAAUUGGUUUGAAGAACACUAUCAGGGAGACUCCACCGUUCUUCUUUCAAGGUCAAUCAAGGGCUCCUUCAAACUUUGUCGUCAAAUAUGCCAGAUAACGAAUAUGCAAUAUUGGUAAAAGAUGAAACUUCAACUUAUCAGCCACCAGUAUUGGUAAAAGAUGGAACUGCAACUGAUCAGCCACCAACUUUGCUAAAAGAUGGACUUUCAACUGAUCAGCCACCAACUUUGGUAAAAGAUGGAACUUCAACUGAUCUGCCACCAUUGAUCAAGCUUAGGCACUGGCAAUCGUGGCUUAUGAUGGCUCUUAACAUAUUUUUCCUUCUGGCUGGUCAAGCUGCUGCCAUUCUUCUGGGAAGAUCUUAUUAUGAACAUGAUGGAAAUAGUAAAUGGAUGGCUACCCUUGUUCAAACUGCCGCUUUCCCUAUCCUUCUAAUCCCAUAUUUUCUUUUUGCCUCCUCCCACGAGCCUUCAAGUGUGUCUCAUCCACCUGCUCUUAAAACUGUAUCCUUAGUCUACUUCGUUCUUGGUGUUCUCCUUGCAGGGGAUAACAUGCUGUAUUCCGUCGGACUACUGUACCUAUCAGCCUCUACUUAUUCUCUCAUUUGUGCAACCCAGUUGGCCUUUAAUGCAAUUUUCUCUUUCAUCAUUAAUCAUCAGAAAUUUACUGCUCUAAUUCUCAAUUCUGUUGUUGUGCUUUCAUUAUCUGCUUCUCUUCUUGGUGUCAAUGAUGAUUCUGAUGGACCUUCAGGUGUUUCUAAUUCGAAAUAUAUCCUUGGAUUUCUGUGUACCCUUGGAGCUUCAGCUCUUUACUCUCUUUUACUUUCCCUAAUGCAGCUUUCAUUCCACAAAGUUUUGAAAAAGGAAACUUAUUCUGUGGUUUUGGAAAUGCAAAUUUAUACAUCAGCUGUAGCCACAUGUGUCUCUGUUGUUGGCCUUUUUGCAAGUGGGGAAUGGAGAACGUUACAUGGAGAAAUGAAUGGUUAUGGUACGGGGAAAGUUUCUUAUGUGAUGACAUUGGUGUGGACUGCCAUGGCUUGGCAGGUUUGCUCUGUUGGUGUUGUAGGCUUGAUUUUUGUGGUGUCUUCUCUUUUCUCUAAUGUUAUUAGUACUCUAUCCUUGGCUCUUACUCCUAUUGCUGCUGUGAUUGUGUUCCAUGACAAGAUGAAUGGGGUAAAGGUAAUUGCUUUGCUAAUGGCUCUCUGGGGUUUCACCUCUUAUAUUUAUCAGAACUAUCUUGAUGAUCUUAAGGAGAAGAAAGCACAAGCUGAUGUUAAUGGUGCCCCUAAUGGUUCUUCUUGUCAAUGACUCUGGGAGUAUUUUGGCAUUUUUUUGGUUGCUGCUAUAUCUAUUUUGAAAGUUGUAUUAUUGAUCUGGUGAUGAUACCUUUUCUGGAACUUUACUGUCCAGUCCCAUUAGUAUCUUUACCCUGCCUAUCAGUUAUGGGAUUUAUGGUUGUCCUCGGGAAACAAAGUCUUUCCAUUGUGUCUUACAUAGCAUCAUUGUUGGGUCCAUUUUCUAUUUGUUGGAGUUGUGAUGGGCGUGGUGCUGUUUAGCGAGCAGGUUUAUUUGAAGCAACAGGGAUACAUUACAAUCACUCGUUCUGUUGACUCAUAGUUGCAACGUAAACCUCAAACACACGACGGGGUUUUAUGCAGCUAGAGAGAUACAAACUCAGGACAUUGCAGUGUUGGAGCAUAUUUGGAAGCAAUUUAUCGGGAGGACAGUAUAUAGUUUGAAUGGUGAAUUCUUGUUGGUUGCCUACAGUUUAUUUGUUGGAUCAUAUUUAUGUGUUUGUAUCUUAAAACUUCAAUUUUUAUUGUUUUAAGCUAUUUAGUGAUUUGAUUUUUAGUACACUCAAAGGUCGUAUCCAGACAAUGAGAUUUUUGCUUAUAGCAGAUCUGAUCAGGGAUAUCGUAGAUUCCUUGCUUUCAAUUUUUAGAGAGGCUGUUGUGCAAUAUACUUCGAAAUGUUUUAAAAAUACAUUAUACCCUGUCAAAUUCAGUAUUAAUAGGUAUUUUUUAUACCA